AUGCCGUCAGCGUUGGUUUUUCUACUGCUUUUAACGAUCGUUGGAAUACACUCGAAAGCCCUGGACACAUUCAUUGACGGAUCCACGAACAAGAUCGACGGUGAGGUACGAUCAGAGGGGACAGGCGUGGAUCAAGACACUUCUGCAUCGAGUUCAAACGAUGGAACCACUAAGAAGCCUGACGGAUCCAGCACCGCGAAACCGAGUCUUCUCACCUGGUUUCUCGCGCCCCUGUCGCAAAACGUGCAAUUCUCGCCGCAAACUUUCCUACGGGACCGUAUCGUCCAGUUGAAGGAGACGCUGAACAAUCUUGGAGUCCAAGGGAACAGCGAGGGGAAGCAGUUUGGAAACGGGAACGGAUUGCUGCAGGUUGCGGGGGCGAACGACGCUGGAUAUUACACGGACAGGCUCGAUCCAGCCGGAUUUUUCGGCGGAAACGGCUGGCUGGCGAACAAGGGCGGGAUCCUAGGGGGUCCCGGGGUGAUACUUUCAACGGGAAGCGUUCUCACGGAUUAUCCGACGCCGUACAGGAAGAAGUAG